UAACAAUUAGUCGGCCUCUAUAAUUUUCCUGCAAUUUAUUUUGUGUAUAGGUACUAUAUUUUUGAUAUUUUAUAUAUCAAUGGAGACUCGGAGGUCGAUAGCCAACCAUCACAAAAAUAUUAGCCAGUGGCCAACGUUCCAAACAUCAGAAAGCGAAACCGCUUACAUUAGACAAUCAUCGACCCACGAGACUUAUCAGCGAUUUGACGAGCCCAAAGCCCUCGAUGACAGAGAGAAAAAAAGAAAAGAGUUCGAAGAGUAUUUGUGGAAAACAGCCACGGAAAAAGUGUUGGGAGAAUUGGCCGAAAAAACUAAUCAAUUCUGCACUCAGCAAAGCCAGUUUGAAACUACAUAUAGCAGUGCAUACCAAAAAGAUGGUUUUAAAUUAAAAGAAAUUGGAAGCGCAUUGGAUGAAGAAUUGUGCGCCAAGUAUCCUUUGUAUGGUACCGUCGGAAUAUCUGUACCUGUCAACCGAUAUAAAUUUCAAAAAAUGAAACAACCUGUGCACAAACCUUUGGAUCAACUCUUUAAGAAAAACACCAGUUUUACAAAUUAUAUGUGCGAUGUAUAAAAUGAUUAUGUCUCAUUUGCACUUUGUACACUUUAUUUUAUUUUAAUUUAUCGCAUUAAAAAAACAUAUAAUAUGUAUAACAUUGAAAUAGUAGGUAGGUAUAGUAAAACAGCUUGGUUUUGAUGUGUCAUUUUUUACACUUCUUAAUGAAAUAAACGGGUUUCAUUCAUUUUGAA